AUGUAAAUGAACUAAUUGCAAAGAUCAGAUUAUUAAGAUAUACGUGCUAUCAGCUUUCCGGACUGAUCGCCUCUACUUAAUCAGAAAGUCAUAAAUAGCACAUAGAAACCCACUCGACCAGCCACAAGCGUGUUCUAUUUACCAGACAUGGACAGAUAAGAAAGUAUUUCCGAAGAUUGCGGAGUCACGUUAACAUAGGAAGGGGGCUAAUCGAAAGUCACCAUAUAUUACUAAUCCUUAUCUCAGACAAACACUAGACAUUGCUUAUAAAAAGGGUCGCUCCAGUCCGGAUGCCAAAUAUUCGGCGGUCGGACGUCUACAGAGAUGGUGAAAUUAACACUAGUACUGCUUCUUUUUGGCCUGGCCAUAGCGAGUGCCCUCGAUCUGGGUCCAGCCCAAGGCUUGGAACUGGAUGCAGAGGAUUAUCAGAAAUUAAACAAACUGAGGCAUUUGUCAGAAGAGUUUUUUACCCAUUACCGGAAUGUAACAAUAGAGGACUUGGUCCCCGAAGGACGACUUCCCACCGUUUCGGAUCUACUGUGCUAUGCGGAUUUCGCUCAGCUUACCGCAGGAUUGGCCACCGGCAGCCUUUGGUCCUACAGAAUGAUUGACUCCUGGGGUUCCAUUCCGGCUGGAAUCCUGAAGGGUCACUUCAAGGACCUGGGUCACUACGACGAGUGCGUUGCCAUCGAACAAACCGUCGCAUCGGGCUCCACUGUGGUUGGAAAAUACUGCCUGGCCAAUCUGCCUCUGACGGAUUUUAUUGGAGGUGGUGUUGGGGGUGGCUUCUCGAAUCUAUUGAAUAUCCAGUCGGCCGUUUGCUUCCCCGCCUCCUGUUCGGCCACCAAUAUGGACACACUCCUGAAACGAGUCGUGAAACAACUGAUCGGAUUGGAACUGACAUCGAGUAUGGUCAGCGAAAGCACCUGCAAAACUGCUGAGCGUGAGGAAUACGAUGCCGUGACCAUUUUCGCCAUCGUUUUUUUUUCUGUGUUUGGCGGAUUGGUGGUUCUGGCCACACUCUACGACUAUUUCUUGUGUGAGGAUCAAAAAAAACUUCCUGCUAUCGUGAAGGCUUUCUCCGCUCGUGCCAAUUCCCGAUUUAUAUUCACUGUUAGUACCAAGUCCAAUCCCAAUGUUGUUGAGUGUCUUCACGGACUGCGUGGAAUGUCCCUGAUUUGGGUGUGUUAUGGUCACGACUAUCUUAUUGGUAUCACCUCCCCCAACAUCAACCUGUACGAUGUGUAUACUUGGGCCAAGACACCUUAUAUGGAAAUUAUCCAAGAAGGCGUGUUUGCAGUGGAUACCUUCUUCUUUAUAAGCGGACUUCUCGUUGCCAUGGUCGCUCUGCGUGCGAUGGAAAAGUCCAAGGGAAAGCUGAAUAUUCCACUAAUGUACCUCCAUCGCUAUCUGCGCCUCACACCCGUCGUGGCAGCUUCUAUCUUGCUCUACUGGAAGAUACUGCCCCUUUUGGGCGACGGCCCGCUCUUCGGCAACUGGAACUUUGAUAACUACGCUACCUGCGAUGAAAACUGGUAUUGGACCCUGCUUUACAUUCAGAACUACGCCACCCAUCAGCAGUGCCUGGUACACACAUGGUACCUAGCCAUCGAUAUGCAGUUGUAUAUCCUCGGUCCUUUCCUGCUGCUCAUCGUCUACAAGUGGGGUAAGAAAGGUGCUGCGGUUGUCCUGCUAAUUACUCUGGGAUUCGUCGCCUACUUGUUCAGCGUUAUGGUGAUCAACGACUAUUCUCUAUUAAAUGGCACGGGCGGUGGACCUAACGAUUACACCGAAGAUCUGUCCCACUACACCCAUAACAGAACCUCUGGAUGGCUAGUUGGCUUCCUGUUCGGCUUCUUCCUGCACUCGAUCCGUGGAAAGGACAUCAAGCUGAGUCGUCCUGCUGUCUGGCUGGGAUGGAUCACCAGCUUGGCCCUGCUGUUUACCUGCAUCUUUGCCAUGUACCCCUAUGGAACGUUCAAGUCCAAGACCAUUCCCAUCCUUAACGAGGCCUUCUACGUGUCGCUCUCUCGUGUUGCCUGGCCCCUUGGCUUAAGUUGGGUGGUCUUUGCCUGCAUGAAGGGAUACGGUGGACUGGCCAAUUCCUUCCUCAGCUCGCCACUUUGGCAGCCCCUGUCAAAGCUCUCCUUCUGCACCUACAUGGGACAUCUGAUGAUCCAGAACCUCAAUGGUGGGCGCACGCGAGUAAACACCUAUUUCUCGAACUACGACAUAAUGCUGCGUUUCUGGCAGGACUUCGGUUUUUCAGUGCUGCUCGCCUAUGUCAUGUACAUUUUGAUCGAAGCUCCCUGCGGCGGAGUGGAGAGUCUCCUCCUGCCGAACCGAAGACCAGCUCCCCAGCCCAAGGUGCUGCCUGCUGAGACCUCGCCAGAGGCAAACCCAUCACCUGUUGAUGUAGAGAAACGGGCUGCAGAUCCAAUUGCUCCUUUGAACGAAGGCGCUUCGGCAUCGGCUCCUCCUCUGGAAAUCAAGACUGAGCUCCAGACUAACUAAAACUACUAGUUUUAAUAAGAAACCAAAUCUUUAUAGAAAUAAAUAUAGAAUACU